AUGACAAGGCCAUUUAGAAGCGUCGUCAGCUUGGCACAAACUGCCCAGGCUCUGGCCGGACCAUCCACUUUCAGACCUCUCCGACCGGCCCUCCCUCUCCUCUCCCAGCCAUCUUCAUCCCGAUCAGCCUCCUUCUCAGGAUGGGAGCAAUACGUACCCUCCAUUCUUCGCCCAAAGCGAAAGACGGCAACCCCUGCUGUUGUCGAGCGGACGUCAGAGACGAGCGUGGAUAUUCCUCAAGAGGAACUAGCUGCGACGAGUACCGGGAGUCUGUUUGAGGAGAUUGCGCAGGAGGUGGUACAGUCUGAAAGGAGACGGAAGGCGACACAGCAUCGCUACUCUACCGCGCAACACAAAAUAUCUCCUCGGAAGCUGAAUGACCUCUCUCGCCAGAUAUCCGGUCUGCCCAUUGACGAAGCAAUCGUCCAGAUGCAGUUCUCGGAAAAGCGCGCGAGUUCUUGGAUAAAGUCGACGCUGUGUUUGGCGAGGGAUCAUGCGUUGGAUAAAGGCUUGGAGAGGGGGAGAUUGAUUGUUGCCGAAUCCUGGACCUCCAAAGGGCCCAAGAUCAAGCGCGUCGACAUCAAAGGUCGCGGUCGCGCCGGGAUAAAAUAUCACCCAUUGGCCCGCUUGCACGUCCUCCUGAAAGAAGGCAAAACCCGCAGCGAAAAGGACCAGCGGAGGUUUCAAAAGGAGCUGGGGCUUGUCCGGUCCGCGGGCGUCGUCAGGGAAGAUGGGGUGUUGCGGCGCAAGGUGGUCAGUGGGUGGGCUUGGUAG